AUGGCCCUGGUACUUCCUUCUCAUCCACAAGUCUCAGUGUCACUGCUUCUGCUGCUGUCCGUGCUCGGCUUGGCUGCAGGUGGGAAGCUGCUGGUGGUGCCUGUAGAUGGGAGCCAUUGGCUCAGCAUGCGGGAAGUGGUAGAAGGUCUGAGGCAGAAAGGACAUGAAAUAGUCAUUGUUGCUCCUGAAAUCAAUUUACAAAUAAAACCAUCAGGGAAUUUUAUUAUGAAAACCUACCCAGUCCCUUUCACACAGGAAGAGAUGGAUGGAUAUUUCCAGGCGUUUUUUAAGGAGGCAUUUGUGGAAGGAUCAUUUCUGGAAAGAUUUCAUAGAGUACGAGAAAGAUUGAAAGAACUCUUUGAUUUAGGCUGCAGAGCUUGUGAACACUUACUGAAAAACAAAGAACUUAUCAGAUAUCUUGAGGAGAGUAACUUUGAUGCUCUUUUUACGGAUCCUGCACUGCCCUGUGGAGCGAUAGUGGCUGAGCAUCUUUCCAUCCCUUCUGUGUAUUUACUGAGAGGAAUACCAUGUGGCUUAGAUAUUGAUGCCACUCAAUGUCCUAGUCCCCCUUCUUAUGUCCCCAGGUUAUUAACAGAUUAUACAGAUCACAUGAACUUCCUCCAGCGUGUGAAGAAUGUCAUCUUUGACACCUCCAAUCUUUUCCUUUGUGACUUCCUUUUUGAACCAUAUGAAAAACUGGCUUCUGAGUUCCUUCAGCAAGAUGUGACCAUGCUAGAUCUCUUUCAUAAGGCUUCUGUAUGGCUUCUGAGGUAUGACUUUGUGCUAGAUUAUCCAAGACCAUUGAUGCCCAACAUAAUUGUAGUUGGAGGAGUAAACUGUGCUCACAAGCAACUACCUCAGAGCUGCCCGGAGUUUCCUUCCUGUGCACACUCCCACAUUUCAUCAGGAAUGGCCCUGGUACUUCCUUCUCAUCCACAAGUCUCAGUGUCGCUGCUUCUGCUGCUGUCCGUGCUCGGCUUGGCUGCAGGUGGGAAGCUGCUGGUGGUGCCUGUAGAUGGGAGCCAUUGGCUCAGCAUGCGGGAAGUAUUAGACGGACUCAAGCAGAAAGGACAUGAAAUAGUUGUCGUAGCACCUGAAGUCAGUGUACACAUAAAGCCAACGAAUAAUUUUAUUAUGAAAAUGUACCCAGUCCCUUUCACACAGGAAGAGAUGGAUGUCAGUUUUCGGGAAUUUUCUAAGGAGGCGUUUGCAGAAGGAUCCUUUCUGGAAAGGCUUUCUACAAUUCGUCAACGUCUUCAAAGAAUGUCUGCCAUAUACCUGUCUACUUGUGAGCGUUUACUGUACAACAAAGAGCUCAUCAGAUAUCUUGAGGAGUCUGAAUUUGAUGCUCUGUUUACAGACCCAUUUUUACCUUGUGGGCAGAUACUGGCUGAGCAUCUUUCAAUCCCUUCUGUGUUUCUUUUACAGCAAAUACCAUGUGGCUUAGAUAUUGAUGCCACUCAAUGUCCCAACCCCCCUUCUUACGUCCCCAGAAUUUUCAGUGGCAAUUCAGACCACAUGAACUUUCUCCAGCGUGUAAAGAAUAUUCUUUUUGACAUCCCACAUUCUCUUCUUUGUCAUCUUCUCUUUCAACCGUACACAAAACUGGCUUCUGAGUUCCUUCAGCGGGAUGUGACUGUAUUAGAUCUCUUACGCAAGGCAUCUAUUUGGCUUGUACGAUUUGACUUUGUUUUCCAUUAUCCAAAACCAUUGAUGCCAAACAUGAUCAUAAUUGGAGGAAUAACCUGCACUCAUAAGAAGUUAUCUCAGUGCAGUCAGAAGAAAUGUGAAACAGUUGGCCCUGAAGGUGCAGGAACAGAUCUCCCAAUAAACAUCAGAGAGGAAAGGAAGGAGAUGGGUGCAGUAGUGUUCCGAAGGGAAGACAUGGAUGGACGUUACCUAAUGAGCAGGUCUCACGAAAAAUCACUCCAGAAUAAGUCUUAA